GCGCCAUCUUGUCUUGUAAAAUUAACGGUGAGCGGCGCGACGCUUGAUCUGGCGUUCAGCACUAAUUAGAGCCACUUCGUGUCUCACCUAAUCACGAAUAUUUACCGUUGUAUUUGGAUGACGAGAAGUAAGAGGAAUCGUUUGGGCGCAUUCAUUUGAGGCAGCAACUUUCCGGGCGGACGCGAAGGUAGGUUGGCCGCGUUUCCCCUUAACUGCGAAACAAGAAGAGGCCCGGCGGCUCGAUUGAACGACAAUGUCGCGACUCAAGGAAAAAAGAGCUUCGGAGCUUGAACAGGCGAGAGCGAAGCUUGAUGGCAUACUGCAAAGCCUCAUGGAAAAAACCGAAGAAAGUCAGAGUUCAUCAUCUCAAUCGGAAGACGAAUCUAAAGCAUUGGAUUCUGCGAAUAAGGACGCAUCCCCUAAAAAGAUUCAGAAGACCCAGAGGAAACGUCGUAGAAAAGAUGACUCAGCUCUGCAGAAUUCAAACACCUACAUAACGAAGAUAUACGGCUGCAGUGUAGACCUUGCGCAGUUUGAUGAGAAUUCUCCAUUGUAUUCGAUGUGUCGUAGCUGGAUACAAAAUAAGCCUCUGCAAAAUUUGGAGCGGAACCACAGUGGGGAAGACACUGUCAAGAAGGAGAGUGCAAAUGACACAACUGAGGAGGACAAUGUAAAAGGAAUUAUGUACCUGCCCGCACCUGUGCCACCAUCCAGAGGCGAGGAUGGCAACAUCAAGGACCUUCGAAUACCUUCACCCGUUCCACAGCCCAGUGAAAAGUUCUUUAUGGCAUCGGACGAUAGCGAGGUUGUACCUGUGCACGUCUUACUGGCUGGCCAUCAAACACGUUGGAAGAAUGUGCGGCAAAAGUGGAAAGAUGCCGCUAUGGCCAAUGAAGAACGCUAUAAAGAAAGUGCGGCGAUUCUCCUCAAGGCCAUGAGCCAUGACCAAGAUGCAUCAUCGCAAUGGGAAAGUGCACCUGCUUAAGACAAAUGCAGCUCUGCUAGCAUCAGUCUGGCCAAUUCCCAGGCAUGUCUCGUCACAAGACUUUAAUGCAUCAAAAUGUACAGAUGAGACUAACUAAAACUUGGGGUAGUGCAGUAAAUGCUUAUGUGAGAGCUAUUGAGAAUUUGCAGCGCUCGUAGUUAACAAGCGGUGAGUGAAAGUCAAAACCGUAAUUCAGCUAGUUUGGAACACUUGAACUGAAGUCUCUAAAUGCACCGUGUUUGUUUUUAUUGCGAUAUCACUUAUAUAGACAGUUUCGGCUAGUUUUUGCCACCGCAGUCGUUUACAGGAAAAAUGCACUAUCCUCUUUAUGCGGAGAGACCAUCACCUUUCCAACCAGGGUCGUCUGCACGUGCGCUUAUCUCGUGAGCAAACAAGGGGGGAGGAGCUUAUGAUUGCUGAGCAAUCGCGGCAACGAUCAGCGCGCGCCUGUUGCUCCCACAGCAGGCGGGAGCUUCUACGGGCUGCACUCUCCAUACACACACAAAAAAAAAACUGUGCCAAAAAUGUACCUGGAGCAGCCAUCUGCAUAUAGAUGCGCUCUACAUGCAACAAACUGCCAGCAGCAGCGACACACGACGUAUAAGCCCUUAGUAGCCGCAUGCACUGCCCACGGGAAGCACUUCUCGUCAAUGCCAUCACUACGCACGAACCUUGUUGUGAUCAUCUGACUGUGCCCCAGGAAACUUGGUUACUUAGCAAGCACAUGUUUACUACAAUAUUGCCACCAAAAAUGAUAGCCGUGCUUCAUAAAACAUUCGAAUAUGUUGCUAUCGCAUUCAUUGCUUCACCCUUUUGUCAAAAUUAUGACUUUUGUUUUAUACAUAUACUACAUUUUGCAGAAAUUAGCUUACCAAAGACUUGGGUAGUAGUUGUAAUACUGGUACACCAAAUUGUGGCUCAAGGUUUUAAACCGUUGUUGCAGCACAGCAACAAAGUUGUGCUGCUGAGAUUGAAGAGGUCGAUCUUGACCCUAGCCAUGGCAGCUGCAUUUGGAUAAGUGCGAAAUGCUACGACACCCUUGCAUUGACUUCAGUGCACAUUACAAAAAAAAAAGGGACCACAGUUGUUCAAAACGAAUCUGGUCUCCUACUAUGAUGUGCAUCAUAAAACUACAAAAUUUAAUUUUGUUAAACUUUUUUAAAUGUAUAUUUCAUUUGUUUUACAACGCCUAUGCAAUAAAGAUGUUUGCACUGUUUAUGUGAUGACACAAAUCGCCACGAUGAAUCACUGUCAUCAGUGCGACCAAGUUUGCAGUAUUCUGUAAAAGGUAACACAUACUAACAACCUAAAACUAAAUCCUUUUUGAUCACAAGCUGCACGAGAUAAAUGUUUACGCCAAUGCCUUUUGAAGUGACAGUGAGAAAGCCUUACAACAAUCUGCGGAAUAGCUGAGAAGCACAUUAUUGAAAUACAAGAAGCCAAAUUAGUGGCAUCCUCUGCUUUCUGGGAAUUUGGAGAUUCGGCUGUGUCAAGUUGAAAAUCACUUGUAUUAUUGAAAGGCUUGUCACAAAACCUCACUGACGGCUUAUCCAAACUGCAAGGUCUUCUUGGCAGUCAGCCAUGAGGACAGUUUUUAUGCAAAUAUGGGCUAGCAAUUCCAGAAUUUGGCUGAAAGAUGUUGGCGUGCGUCGCUUGCAGUACCUUUCCAAGCACCCAUAUGCUAGAAGUUACUCUCAGCUUUCUACAGCUCGAACCUUUGAACAUACAACCUCGUCCAAUAAAGUAUUCUUUCUCUCCUGUCUCAUCUCUGAGGCCAUAGAGAGUCUACUGUAUUAUGUCCUUGAAGGGCAAAAUAUUAAGGGACCGGCAAAAUAUGUUCCGUUCAAUGAGAGAUAAACAGGAUUGCGUGUUACAGUAUUCAGGUAUGAAGCCAAUCUUAUUAAACGCAGCUGAUCCGUUUAAGCAGAAAUUCCGUUUAGGAGAUUUCAGUUUACCAAGUCUAUUGUACUUAUAAUUGUAUCUUGGAUGUAUGGACUUUUAACUGUUUGUGGGCAUUUGAGUUAAAGUACCCGUUAGGGCACUUCAACAUAUUAAAUGCUGAAUUAACGGGGAUGCCACAAUGAAAUCUCUGCUAACUCCCACAAGUUGUACCUCCCUUGGAAUGCAGCUGGCUCGACGAGGUGGUGUAUACAAUUUCUGAUCAUCAGAAUGCCAUGGCUUCUGUGGUGUUAUUAAACUGUCGAAUAAAUGGAGACUUGGCUCCAGGUAGACGUAAUCAUGCUAUUUCGCCGAGAUUUAUUCUUACAUAAGAGUCUCAGGUUCCUUAUAACAACGACUGCAUUGUUGCAAGAUUAUGGAGCUUGCCAUUUUGCAGCACCGUCUCAAGUGUGUGGGCAAGGUGUCGGCCAUUGAUUGCCCUUUGCCACCACUGCUUCCAACUAUGUAAAAGGAAUUAUAUCGUGGGCCAAGUUUACUGCUUCUGAGAACGCUCUGCAUACUGUCCAGUUGAUACCACAUGAUCUGGCUCAACUAAACCCACACUGUGACCACAACUUUUGUGAUAUUUUCAUCUGGUAAUCUUUAAUACAGGUCAUUACUCUGUGCAACCACUGUGUUUUACUUAAAAUAGACAACUGGUUAUGAAACUAGCACCAACAGUGAAACAAUGAAUCGAGCAUCAAGAGCGUAGGAUAGGCACGACCAACCAGUUUACUGUGGUUUACUGUGUGAAACGAAAAAUUGGCAACUGCCAAAAAUCAGCAAAAAACAUCAAUGCCCAUUUAGGAGAACCGCACCGUGCGCAAGAACUGCAAGACAUUUGGAAAUUUCUCUUCCUGAAAAGCUUAUGAGUUAUGUUACUUGUAUUUCCAUAACAUCACAAACUUUGAACAGUUAAAAAAAAGUACCCAAGAAACUUGGGAUUAAAGGAUAAUCCAACUCCAUGCCCUGCAAUCAAAAUUUUAAUGCCGCAAUAAAACACAGGCAAUGAGAUACUGGAAGCUCCCAAUUCAUGCUGUUCGUGAACCACCACCCCAAACAUGGCACAUGAUAAUCUCUGCAACAAUAGUUUUUGGGUUCAUGAAGCUGCUGUAGAAGCACAUGCAUAUAAACAAAACGCAAAACUCGAGACAGUGAGACGAUGUGCAAGUCUCCUGUCGUCUCAACUCGUCUGCUCGCUUGCACUGAAAGAAUUCAUGUGCAAGUGCUAUUAGAACUGCACAUGACUUUUUUCUUAACAGCCACAUUCUCAGCAACAGAUGUUGCAGUUACUCAAAGUGAACUGAUUGUAGCACUAACUUUAGCGUACCCAAAAUUGUCAGACAAAGCACCUCCACAUUUUUCAUUGUAGAUCUACAGAAUUUCUAGAAUGAAGUUUCAGAUCACCUACACUAUUGAAACAGAUGUUUCAGCUUUGUUCUAUUUUUGACAGAAUGCUGAAGAGCUUUUGUGCAUUUACAUUGGAUAUUGUUUGUAGCACAACAGUAGAUACACAAUGUGGCUUUGCAAGUAAUUUGUGCUGGUUUGCAUACAGUUUCUAAGGGCUUCCUAAAACAAUUCACGUUCGCUGAGGCCACCAAAAGAAUAGAGCGUUCAUAAAUGCGUGUUUUUGUACCAUGUCCGACUGGUUGAGAGUAACAAAAAUGGAGAAGCGGUCUAGUUGAAUACCCGAAACAACUAGCAUAAAGAUGCUCUCACUUCUUGGUCAGUUUGCCAGGAGUGAGCUUUAGUGUGUGUGGUAUGCGCACGAUGAAAGAAGACGAGGACACUGAGGCAUACAGGAACAAAGGACUGGCAUGCGAAAGAAGAAAAGGAAGGGGUAGAAGGUGUAUGUGAUUUGAGGCAGUCCGGUGGGCGGAUGUCCCAGUGAACUUUUAUGCGAUAAAAAGUUAUUACCUAUUGUAUUUAUGGCUUCUUGCACACAUUAAUGGCUUCUUGCGUUCGAAGGCAUUGGUUGAUAUUUUUGUCACAAGUGUAGCGGGGCACGCGUGAGCGCGCUACUAUCACAUGCUUUAGGGCGUCUGUUGUAACAUUUUUUUUUUCCGCUUGGUACGCGACAUAUUUCUAUGGGGACUGCGUCGGAAGUGUUCGUUGUAAAGGUAAGAGGGCUCGAAAAAUUUUGGCUGUAUAUGAACUCAGUUUCAAAGGGUAGCAUACGAAAAUCGCAAGUACAUCAAAACAUAACCGAUAGAUCGUUACAAGUGGGUUCGACUGUGUGUGAAUUCUCGAGUGCUCACAUGGAGCUUAUCACUGCAAGAAUACAUGUUUACUAGGCUGUAUUCAAAUUUGCUUCGACUCGAAUUUAGAUUGUUGAAAAUUUCGAAGUAAUUGAAGUGAACAAAUAAGUGUCAUUAGGCCGCAUAUACGUAUGCCUUCUGCACAGGUGGUUUCACUGCAGUGAAAGAGUGCUAAGCCGUGAAAGCACCUUUUUAAAUGUAUAGUUGCUCGCACAUGUUUUGUAAAGGCGGUUUUACUACUGUGAAGGAGUGCUGAGCCGUGAAACCACCUAUUCAAAAGAAAAUUUGCACUGCUGCGAAGCGUCACUGCAAGGUUAAAUGAACAUAGUACCCUCAUACUAAUUCAUUCAUAAUUAGUUUAGAAGCUUGUUAUGCCAGCUUAUUUGCUCCAAGUAUGGUGGACUUGAAAACGUAACAUAGCUUACAGGUUAUCACUUGCAUACUAUCGAAAGUCAUAGCUAAUUACUGUUUUAAGUUGUUUUUGCUUUUCUGAACCAAAAAGAAUGGCAUUUGCACAGACCAUGUAUCAAUUGAAAACAAAAUACUGUGUAGGUUAUUCGGUAAUCAAGACAAAUAUGCCCAUUUUUCAUGCUAAUAAGUGGUAUAUACUAUUUGAAUUCGAUUUGAAAUUAUUGGGUUAAAGUUACUAUUUGCUUGAAAUUCGUUUCGAAACUAAAACUCACUGUGCGCACAGGCCUAACGUUUAACGUUCAAUAUAUUAAGGGUAAUGAAAAUGUUGGCGCAGGCUAUAUGAGCCGUAUCCAAAUGCAGAGGGGAAAGUCAUGUCGUUAAGAGUGUGGAGUGCAUGGUGCCCUAAUGUGAUGCACAUGUUUCGCGUUUUGCUCAUACUGCUGAAUGAACUAAAUACUCGAGUGAGGGCCUGUGUGAUAUGCACGCCAUCGAGAAAGUGAGUGUGUGUGUUCGGCGAUGAAAGAAGACGAGGAAGCGGAAGAAUGGAGACAUGAGGACUAACAUGCAGGAGAAGGAAGGGGCAGACUAUGUGAGUGAUUCGAGGCAGUCGGGUGGCCGGACCCAAGUGUCGUACUUUAUUUAACGUUGCAGUCCACGAGUGAGGCUAUGGGCGUCACGUGGCCACCAACUACCUCAUCCUCCUGCGCUUCAAGAUUGCAUGCGCCAAGUUCCUUUGCAAUUUCCCAGAGACCUGUGACCACCUUCCGGAAGCUGCCCGCUUCCUGCUCAGCACCUCAUCUUGUCGCCAUGCCUGAGCAUCACGCCACUCUCAAUGUCGUCGGUGAGCCUGCGUGAACUCAUAGCACAUGACUUUUGUGCGAGGGUUGGGACGCUGAUUGGCUAGCACGUGCUUUCUUGGUGUUUGUAUGGUUUAUCAUGUGUGUGUGUGUUUAUUGUGCUCAUAAAGUGCUCGAAACCUCCAA